AUGCCAACUCUCUUGCUCACGCUGUUCAUCAGCUGCAUCCGGGCGUCGGUGCUGCCUAAGUCGGCGCAGCCUACCGCAGCCGGCAGCACCUACCGCGCCCUUGUCGCCGGCAGCGUUGGUGAGCAGUUCCGAGACGUGGCAAAGAUCGCCGAGGUUGCGCUCAAAGAGCUUGCCGAGGAUGAGGUGCUCGUGAAGGUCGUGUACGCCGGCGUCAACGGUGGCUGCGAGACGUUUCGUGCGCGCGGAGAGUUUGCCUUUGCGUCCAACCGUGAGAGUGACAGCGGCUUUGCGCUGGGAGCAGAGGGCGUUGGUGUUGUUGCGGCCAUUGGGAGCGCCGUCGAGGGCUUUGCCGAAGGCGAUGCUGUGUGCUUCGUGGGCAGCGGUUUUGCCGAGUACACCACAGCCAAGGCGCGGACGCUCUGGCGGGUUCCGGAGCCCACCGCCGAAAUGGCGGCGCUGCGCAUCUCCGGCCUCACCGCCUGCGCGAUGAUGGAGGUCACGGGACAGGUCAAGGCCGGCGAGACGGUGCUGGUCACCGCGGCUGCGGGCGGUGCGGGGCACUUUGCGGUACAGUUUGCGAAGCUUGCCGGCUGCACCGUAGUUGGCACCUGCUCGUCUGAGGAGAAGGCGCGCGCACUGUGUGCGCUGGGGUGCGACCACAUCAUCAAUUACAAGACGCGAGACGUCGGCGAGGCGCUGGCCCGCCUCGCGCCGGGCGGCGUCGACGUGGUCUUCGAAGGCGUCGGCGGCCGAAUGCUGCAGACCGCCCUCGCGCACCUCAAGGAGGACGGCCGGCUGUUGCAGGUGGGCUACAUCAGCGAGUACCCCCACAACCCCGAGCGGGCCGCCGAGACUGCGGCGCACGACCUCGAGACGAGCUCCCUCUUUUGGAAGGCGGAGACGAUCCAGCGCGGCAAGCAGACCAUCUAUGGCAACGCAUGGCCCAAGGACUUUGCCGCCCGCGUGCUGGAUCUGCACGCGAGCGGCCAGUUGGCGGCGCUCGUGGACGAGAAGCGCACGUUCGCCGGCUUGGAGAGCGUCGCCGACGCUAUCGAGUACAUGCUCUCGGGAGAGGCGGUGGGGAAGGUCGUCGUUCGCAUAGGCGAUCCGUGA